UGUCAAGCGUCUUGUAACGCGUUUUGUGACGCAGAAAGGUCGAAGCAGACAUUUUUGAUUAUUUUACCAUAAAUCUCUGUUUUCUGACAUGACAUCACUAUUGAUGGAGGCGGUUAAGGUUGAGCUAGGCGCAACUGAAAGAUGGCCAGACAAUGUCAAGCUGUUCCAGCAAUAUCAAGUUGAGCAGAUCACAUUUCCAGACUAUGCUGCUUGCCUGAGUGUGAAGACCUAUCUUCACAUGUGUGGCCUCAACUUCACAACUGAGUUGAAAAUUAAUGCAGAAGAAAUGUCACCUUCAGGGAAGGUUCCAUUUAUACAAAUUGGUCCAUUUUUGAUAUCUGAAAUGGAGCCAAUAAUAUCAGCUGUUCAAACAAGGGGGUUCACAUUAAGUGCUGAUCUACCAGACAUACAAAAGUCCGAGCUGAAGGCUUACAUGUCUCUUGUCGGGAACACGCUAGUCAACGCGGAACUCUACCUAGCCUGGAUACAGGAAGAUGUUUAUGAACAGGUAACAAGAGAGCGAUAUGGUUGUAUGCAGCCAUGGCCCCUCAACAGAAUUUUACCCUGCAAGAAAUACUUUGACAUAAAGAGAAAACUUUCCGUUGUGGAUUGGCUAAAUAAAUCAUUUAAUGAGGUUUGUGAGGAAGUGAUAACCUGUUGUGAGGCUCUCUCUGAAAGACUCGGCACCCAGGACUUCUUUUUUGGAAAAAAACCAACAGAGCUUGAUGCCCUUGUGUUUGGUCACCUUUUCACUCUGCUUACUACUGAUCUGCCCAACAAGGAAUUUGCCCAGGUCAUAGGGAAAUACGACAACCUCGUCCAGUUUUGUAAACGAGUCGACCAGAAAUACUAUAAACAGCUGGACAAUGACUACUGAUUUGUUCGGAAAUGUGCUUUGUUUCAAAAUAUUUUAUUUUGUUAUUUGCUGCAUUUUAUUUUUAGAUCUUGAAUAAUACAUGGGCAAUCAUGGAUAAUUAAACUUUUGGAUAAACAAGUUCGAUAUCUUGCACCAGUUCUUGCCAACAAUUGAUAUAACAAGACUGACCUAUCCCAAAUUUGAGCAAAUUGCUAGUGCAGAAAAAGCUGGCUUGCGCCUUUUUGACUACCGCAGAAGUCAGAUUGAAAAAAAGGAAAUUUAUUCAUUUUUUUUUAUCCCAUUGAUUUGCAUUGCAAGUUUUGAAUAUAAUGAAUCUUCAUGUUUACUGGGGAGUUGAAAUAACUGAAAGUAUAAAUCUAUACUCUGCUUUUAAUCGAUAAUUUCAUAAACAUUAAGGUCAUUAAUAUAGACUUGUUAUACUUUGGUCAUAUAAUGCUUAAACUGUUUGUUAAUCAAAGUGCUUAAGAUAUAAUGUGUUCACUGACAGUUUUUGUGUAAAAGUACUUCUUACGGUAGAAGAAGCAUUUAUUUUUUAACUUAAGUAUGUUAUUUGUUCAUAUAAUUAUGCUUUAGUUGUUAACAAUAUGGACACUAUUUGCUUUUAUUAGACCUUAUCAUAUUGGGAGAUUAGGCCUAACGAGACAUGACAUUAAUAAAAGUACUUUUGGUGUUUUUUUGGAAAAUUAUCAAUUAUUGUGUUGCAUAUUAAGGUAUGUUGUGUUCAAAUGGCCAGGAGAGAUUUUUUACUUAGGAGUGAUUUCAAAGGCAGAGUGAUUUCAUUCCUAGGAGAGAUUUCAUACCUAGGAGUGAUUUCAAACACAGGAGUGAUUUCACACACGGGAGUGAUUUCUUACCUAGGGGCAAUUUCAUACCUGGUAGGGAUUCAUACCUAGGAGAGAUUUCUUACCUAGGAGCGAUUUCAUACCUGUUAGUGAUUUCCAUUCUCAUUUAUCAGAGGUUCGAUCGUGAACGGGGCGUUUGAACCAGAGUGUGGUACGUCACUCAGGUGAAAGGUACGUAACUCUGGUGAACGAGAAUGGUGAUUUCAUACUUAGGAGAGAUUUUUAACAGUACAAAUCAUGUAGUACUGCACUGGUGAAAUUCUCCUAGAUAAGAAAUCGCUCCUUACAUUUUUGGCCUAGCUGGGGCACUGCGUAAGAUAACAGCUGUUCAGACAUGAGUCACAAAUCAAAUUAGUUAUAAUAUGACAGUCAUAGAAACAGUGAUUGUUAAAAGCAUCUACUUGAAGUACAAAACCAGUGUGCAAUUACAAUUUGUAGAAUAACUCUAUGCUAGCAACAUUUUUCGUGAUAAAUAACAUAACCUAUGCUAUGCUGUAUUUACAAAAAUAAAAUUAUUUAUAAAA